UGCCCCAGACAGUCCACUUCCAUCACCCAGGGAUACAAAUGUUUCUUUAUCCAUAUUCGAAUCUGUCACCGGGGCCGAAUUAUAAAUAGGCUAUUAAACCUACAGUCGGGACGUCCGUGCGUCUUCAAUCAAACCAUGGGACUGACACGCUGACACGGAGAGGUUCGAGCGUUUGGAAGAGAAACUCUGAAGGAACUGCACUGACUGAAACUUUGUCUCCUCACCUUUGUUUCGCGAAACUUUCUUCGUACAUAACUUUCCGCUCUCUGCAGGACUAUCGGAAGAUUCCAUGCUCACGAAUGGAUAUCAAAUGAUGCCGGUGGACUGUUUGUGGGGUUUAUUUCAGUGUGGUUUUGUAGGAAGAAACCCCCAAUCCACAACCCACAGGCUUCUGAUCUGAUCAUGGGAAAACUGGGAACGUCUUGUUUUUUCUAGCCUCGGCACAGUCGCGCUUGUAAAAUUUGGGGUUAGUUCGGAUUACAGCUCUCGCGGAGAGAAUAAAGUUUCGUUUUAAUCAGACUUUUGGCCGUUUAAAGUGCCAACAUGCCUCAGUUAAACGGAGGAGGAGGCGAUGACCUGGGAGCAAAUGAUGAACUUAUUUCCUUUAAAGAUGAAGGUGAGCAAGAGGAGAAAAUAUCAGAGAAUGUGUCGUCGGAGAGAGAUCUGGACGAAGUGAAAUCUUCCUUAGUGAACGAGUCCGAGAACAACAGCAGCUCGUCAGACUCCGAACAAACAGACAGACGACCCCGACUCACCAGACCAGAACUAGAAAGUUACGAGAAACAGAGAGAAUACUUUGCGGAAGCUUUGCGACGACAACAAGAUGGAGGAUUUUUCAAGGGACCCCCUUAUGCUGGUUAUCCGUUUCUUAUGAUCCCAGAUAUUACGAAUCCAUACCUCUCCAACGGAUCGCUAUCUCCCAGCACAAGAACGUAUCUACAAAUGAAAUGGCCACUUCUUGAUGUUCCCGGGACGGCAGCCCUUAAAGACUCCAGAUCAUCAACGCCAGGGCACUUAUCCAAUAAGGUUCCAGUGGUACAACACCCCCAUCAUGUUCAUCCCCUUACGCCGCUGAUCACCUACAGCAAUGAACACUUCUCCCCUGGAACACCUCCCUCCCACCUCUCGCCGGAAAUUCUUGACCCAAAGACAGGCAUACCAAGGACCCCUCACCCUUCAGAGCUGUCUCCAUAUUACCCUCUCUCUCCUGGGGCAGUUGGACAGAUCCCUCACCCUCUAGGAUGGUUGGUUCCUCAGCAAGGCCAACAUAUGUACUCCAUCCCUCCUGGGGGCUUCAGACACCCCUACCCUGCACUCGCCAUGAACGCCUCCAUGUCUAGUCUGGUAUCCAGUCGUUUCUCUCCUCACAUGGUGCCUCAUCCUCCUCAUGGCCUGCACCAGACGGGCAUCCCUCACCCCGCCAUUGUGUCACCUGCCAUCAAACAGGAGCCCAGUGCCAACAACGGCAGCAACUCAACACACGGAAAGCCCUCUGUGCCUGUGAAAAAAGAGGAAGAGAAGAAGCCUCACGUCAAGAAGCCCCUAAAUGCCUUUAUGCUCUACAUGAAGGAAAUGAGGGCCAAAGUAGUGGCCGAAUGCACCCUGAAAGAGAGCGCAGCCAUCAACCAGAUCCUGGGCAGGAGGUGGCACUCUCUUUCACGUGAGGAACAGGCCAAAUACUACGAACUCGCCAGGAAAGAACGGCAGCUGCACUCUCAGCUUUAUCCGGGCUGGUCUGCGCGAGACAACUACGGAAAGAGGAAGAAACGGAAAAGAGAGAAUAAACCUGAUUCCCCACAAGAGAGUAACUUCUCACCCCAGUUCAAGAAGCAGUGCGUCCCGUACCUGCCGUCUGAGAAAAUGUGUGACAGCCCUACCUCCUCUCACGGCAGCAUGCUGGACUCGCCCGCCACACCGUCGGCCGCCCUGGCUUCACCGGCGGCCCCUGCGGCCACUCACUCGGAGCAGGCUCAACCCCUGUCCCUCACCACCAAACCGGAGGGCAGAGCCCACCACCCCCACUUCCCCCUGCCAGGGAAAGCCUCGGGCUCCAGCUCCAGCUCCACUUCCUCGUCCUCGUCCACUUCCAGCACCUCCCAUCCGAGCAUCUCCCUCCUGACCCGCCCCAUCCCGUUCACCACCCUGCCUCCCUCCCUGCUCUCCCCAUCUUCACCUUUCCACCAGGCAGCCCUACAUUCCCAUCGUGCCUUGCUGCAGACACAACCUCUAUCUCUGGUCACUAAAUCAGUGGAGUGAAUGAAAAAAAAAACGACAAACUUUUUACACUUGUACAUUGCUUUUGUUUUUUACAUUUUUAUAGAUAUUAGACCAAGUUUUUAAGGUAGAAUGAAAAGGAAUAAUUAUUGGUCAAUAUUUGACCACCUCUCUACUUUUCUCUUUGAAACAAUUUUUUUUUUUUUUGUAAAUGGCCUUUUUCCGACGUGAUUCUCCAGUGUUGCUACUUGUAUAAAAGACAAAUGUAUAAAGGUUUCUCUUCUUUUUUUUUUUUUCUUUUUUUUUUUUUAAGCCGUUUUUGACAAAAUACAAUUUGUAGUUUUAGUUCAUUUCAAUCUAAUGGUAGUUAGGAGUUUGAUUUUUUCAUUACUGCAUUCUCUCCCUUUUUUACUUUUAUUUUUCUUCUUUAUUUUGGUACCACCUCACCCUGUUCCUAACCCUGUGUGUGUGUGUGACUCUCCUGAGACUCCAUAGCUAAUAAACCUCAAGUUAUGUCUAAA